AUGGCUAAGUCCUCCUCCUCCUCCACCCUCUCCGCCACCCUGCCGCCAUUGGUGGCGGUCCUAACGUUGUUACUAGUUGCAGCCUUGCCAAAAGCUCACGCGGCUCGUGCUUUUUUUGUGUUUGGUGACUCUUUGGUCGAUAAUGGCAACAAUAAUUACCUCCUUACUACCGCCCGUGCCGACUCCCCGCCAUACGGCAUCGAUUUUCCCACGCACCGUCCCACCGGCCGAUUCUCCAACGGACUUAACAUUCCCGACCUUAUAAGUCAAAAGCUCGGGUCGGAACCGACUUUGCCAUACUUGAGCCCGGAGUUGGACGGAAAUAAGCUACUAGUUGGAGCAAACUUUGCUUCCGCCGGGAUCGGAGUUCUCAAUGAUACCGGAAUUCAAUUUGCAAAUAUUAUAAGAAUAACUCAACAACUACAGAAUUUUCUAGCAUACCAAGCUCGGGUAAGUGCAAUGAUCGGACCAGAUCGAACCGAACGGCUCGUGAACAAGGCUCUAGUUCUGAUCACACUAGGAGGCAAUGACUUCGUUAACAACUACUUCUUGGCACCGAUUACUGCAAGAAGGCUACAAUACAGCAUUCCCCAAUUCACUAAAUAUGUUAUUUCAGAAUACCGUAACAUUCUUAUGAAAUUAUUUGAUUUGGGAGCAAGACGAAUCCUAGUGACAGGAUCUGGACCGUUGGGUUGUGUUCCAUCCCAAUUAGCUUCAAGAGGUGCAAACGGGCAAUGUGCAUCCGAGCCUCAACAGGCAUCGGCUUUAUUCAACCCACAACUCGUUCAAAUGAUCCAAGGCCUCAACCAAGAGCUGGGCUCUGACUACUUUGUUGCUGUCAAUGCAAUGCUUAUGCAAAAUGACUUCAUCAGUAAUCCUCGAGCCUUUGGUUUUAUAACAUCGAAAAUGGCAUGUUGUGGGCAAGGACCAUUUAACGGGGUUGGCAUUUGUAACCCGACAUCAAAUCUUUGUCCCGAUAGAGAUAUUUACGUAUUUUGGGAUCCGUUUCAUCCAACAGAGCGUGCAAACAAGAUCAUCGUUGAAACCAUUUACACUGGUUCCGAUAAAUACAUGUAUCCAAUGAACCUAAGUACCAUCAUGGCCAUGGAUUCCAUGACCUAAUACAUCUAUCUAGACAUAUUUAUCAAUCUUGUGUGUCGUAAUAUGUUUCACGUAACUUCAAAUUGUAACAAAAAUGUAACUGUGGUUUUUUAAUAUUUAAUAAUG